CAGAAUUGGAGCGUGUGAGCGGUGGCGCGUCGGAGCUGAGGAGAGAGGGGGAGAAGCAAGGGAGUGGAGAGAGAGAGAAAACGACAGGAGGAUAUUGUGUGUUUAUGUCUGUUUGUCACCACUGGUCCCCCUCUCUGACUAUUCAAACCGUCAACAGUACCCGGGACUUCAAUUCGUCCUAUCCUUCCCAGUAUUGGUUGGCUCGUGCGAGCUAGUUUGGAGGGAAAGAAGCGAGAAGGAUGAUCAUGACUCAGAAGCCCUGGAGAUAGGCCGGAUCAUAGAGUAAUUCCCUAAACCCUGCCUUUCACAUCACCUGCUCGGUCCGAAACGCUGGUUUGACACGCCUCUGGACCUUCCCCGGUCACGUUCACCCACCUACCCAUACCCCUGCAGAACUGCGUCUGAAACCCCUCACUUCUUCAAACCUCUGCCUGCUGGGAUAAAUGAGUGGAAGGGCUGGAGAGGAUAGGGCUGGGAUAUGUACCAGAACCCACACAGAAUGUCCUGGUUUAGUGGCUUCCUAGUGGCCAGAGUGGAUGACCGAAAGACCUCGUGGGGGGAGCGCAAUGGCAAGAAGUCCAAGCAGAAGGGAGGCUCAUCCCUUUGCAACCCGCGUUACAUGAGCUGCCUGCGGGAUCCGGACGCCAUGGAGCCCCCCUCUGGAGCCCCCCUCCACCCCCACCACCGCGGAGGGCUGGCUGGGGCGGCGGGCGGGGGGGGCAACUUUGGCGUGCGCUGCAUUUGGCAAGAGGACCACUACGGCAGACGGGGCGGCGCCGCCGGGGAAGGGGUGGGGCUCAAAUCUGUCGACCUGGGCUUUGAGGAUGGGGACCUGAAAGGGAGGAAGGUGGGGUGUAGUGGGGGUGGCGGGAAGGGGGUGGAUGAGGGUCCCAAUGGGGAAGGUGAGGUGACGGUGGCGGACUGCUGGCUGCGGGUGAUGCAAGUGUUCCAGUCCAAGAAGUUCCAGUCUCAUAAACUGGAGCGUCUGUACCAGCGCUACUUCUUCAGGCUCAACCAGAGCUCCCUCACCAUGCUGAUGGGGGUGCUGGUGAUUGUGUGCGGCGUGAUGCUUACCUUCCAUUGUGUCCACGCAACCCCGGAUGUGGCCUACUCCUCGGCCCUCUCUGUGGCCAUGGCCUUGUUCAUGGCUCUUAUGGUUGUGUGUAACCGGAACGGCUUCCACCAGGACUACAUGUGGAUGGUGAGCUACCUGGUCAUCGGGGUGCUGUUGCUGGUGCAGGUGUUCGGGGUGCUGAUGGUGGCGCCUCGCAGCGCAUCUGAGGGCAUCUGGUGGUCUGUCUUCUUCAUCUACAUCAUCUACACGCUUCUGCCUGUCAGGAUGAGAGCAGCCGUGCUGAGCGGAGGGGUGCUCUCCACCAUUCACCUGGUCACCACCUGGCAGUUCAACCAGGAAGACGUGUUCCUCUGGAAACAGCUGAGCGCCAACGUGCUGAUAUUCCUGUGCACUAACAUCAUUGGGAUCUGUACCCACUACCCUGCUGAGGUGUCUCAGAGACAGGCCUUCCAGGAGACCAGAGGAUACAUUCAGGCCAGACUGCACCUGCAGAGAGAGAACCAGCAGCAGGAACGCCUCUUGCUGUCUGUGUUGCCAAGGCAUGUUGCCAUGGAGAUGAAGGCUGACAUCAACGCUAAGAAAGAAGACAUGAUGUUCCAUAAGAUCUACAUCCAGAAACAUGACAACGUCAGUAUUCUGUUUGCGGACAUUGAGGGUUUCACCAGCUUGGCGUCUCAGUGUACUGCUCAGGAGUUGGUCAUGACUCUCAACGAGCUCUUCGCCCGCUUCGACAAACUAGCAUCUGAGAACCACUGUCUGCGUAUUAAGAUCCUGGGGGACUGUUACUACUGUGUGUCUGGGCUGCCUGAGCCCCGCGCUGACCACGCCCACUGCUGUGUGGAGAUGGGCGUCGACAUGAUAGAGGCCAUCUCGCUGGUGCGUGAAGUGACGGGGGUCAAUGUCAACAUGCGUGUGGGAAUCCAUAGUGGCCGUGUGCACUGUGGGGUGCUGGGACUCAGGAAGUGGCAGUUUGACGUGUGGUCCAACGAUGUCACACUAGCCAACCACAUGGAGGCUGGGGGCAAGGCAGGGAGGAUCCACAUCACCAAAGCCACCCUGCAGUAUCUAAAUAGGGAUUAUGAGGUGGAGCCGGGUUUCGGAGGGGAGAGGAAUGCCUACCUGAAGGAGAACAGCAUUGAGACCUUCCUGGUGCUGGGCUGCAGCCAAAAACGGAAAGACGAGAAGGCCAUGAUGGCCAAGAUGCAGAGGACGCGGUCCAACUCCAACGAGGGCCUGAUGCCUCGCUGGGUGCCCGACACAAGGUUCUCCAGGACCAAGGACUCCAAAGUCUUCAGACAGAUGGGGAUUGAUGAGUCGUCCAGCAAAGACAACCGUGGUGCCCAGGAGGCAAUGAACCCUGAAGAUGAGGUGGAUGAGUUUCUGGGGCGAGCCAUCGAUGCUCGCAGCAUCGACCAGCUGAGGAAAGACCACGUCAAGAAGUUCCUGCUCACCUUCCAGACCUCUAGCCUGGAGAAAAAGUAUUCGAAGAAGGUAGACGAUCGCUUUGGGGGUUACGUGGCUUGUACCCUCCUGGUCUUCUGCUUCAUCUCCUUCAUCCAGAUUGUCAUAUUUCCACACACCCCAGUCAUGCUGGGGAUCUACAUCAGUAUCUUCAUCAUCCUCGCCAACAUCCUCUUCAUCUGUGCCAUAUAUUCCUGCGUUAAGCUGUUUCCAGCUGCGAUGCAGAUAGUGUCAAAGAAGAUAGUCCAGUCUCGUACCAACAGCACUCUGGUGGGGGUGUUUACCAUCAUCCUCGUCUUCAUCUCUGCCUUUGUCAACAUGUUUGCUUGUGACACGGAGAGUUUGGUGGACUGCAUCGCCCGGGAGAUGAACAUCUCUGUUUCCAUGGUGACGCCCUGUCUCAUCCGCAACCUGUCUGUGUCGGUAGAUGGGGGUCUAGAGAUUUGUCCCAGCCAGGGCCCCUCAUGUCCCUUCCCAGAGUAUUUCAGCUACAGUGUGCUGCUGACCCUGCUGGCCUGUUCAGUAUUCCUCCAGAUCAGCAGUAUAGGGAAGCUGGCCCUCAUGCUGCUCAUCCAGCUCACCUUCCUGCUGCUGGUGGAGUGGCCACAGGUGGCGCUGUUUGAAAAUGCUGACCUUUUUGUCACCUCCAAAGCCCUUGAUUUCAAUGAAACUAUUCAAUGGUCCAGUUUCAAUGAAACUACAGACGAGUGCCCGUUCAGUGUGACCAAAGUAUCUCUGAGAGUCAUGACUCCUGUGAUUCUCACUGUGUUUGUGCUGGCGCUCUACCUCCAUGCCCAGCAGGUGGAGUCCACUUCACGCCUCGACUUCCUCUGGAAACUACAGGCCACAGAGGAGAAGGAGGAGAUGGAGGAGCUUCAGGCCUACAACCGCCGUCUCCUCCACAACAUCCUGCCCAAGGACGUAGCGGCUCACUUCCUGGCGCGUGAGCGCCGUAACGACGAGCUCUACUACCAGUCCUGUGAGUGUGUAGCCGUCAUGUUCGCCUCCAUUUCCAACUUCUCUGAGUUCUACGUGGAGCUGGAGGCCAACAAUGAGGGAGUGGAGUGUCUUAGGCUGCUCAACGAGAUCAUCGCUGACUUUGACGAGAUCAUCAGUGAGGAGAAGUUUCGUCAGCUGGAGAAGAUCAAGACUAUUGGCAGCACCUACAUGGCCGCUUCAGGUCUCAAUGAUUCCACCUACGACCGUGAGGGCCGCUCCCACAUCACGGCUCUGGCCGACUACGCCAUGAGACUGAGGGAACAGAUGAAGUACAUCAACGAGCAUUCCUUCAACAACUUCCAGAUGAAGAUAGGUCUGAAUAUUGGGCCAGUGGUGGCAGGGGUGAUUGGAGCACGGAAGCCCCAGUACGAUAUAUGGGGGAACACGGUCAACGUAGCCAGUCGCAUGGACAGCACAGGAGUCCCAGACCGCAUUCAGGUUACCACGGACCUCCACCAGGUGCUUUCAGAUAUAGGAUAUGUUCUGGAGUGCCGUGGGGUUGUUAAAGUAAAGGGCAAAGGGGAAAUGACGACCUACUUCCUGAAUGAUGGACCGCCCAAUAGUUAGCAGCCGUGGCAGCACUAGCCGGGACCAUUCCCGCGGCAGCACUACUGAGGGAGGACUUGCACCGCGAGCUAGCGGGUAACAACUAGCGACGCCAUCACUUGAAACCCGAGCCAAGAGAAAAGACUUUGUGACUCCAGGACUUGAGAAGGAAAUGUUCUUGUUGAGAAGGAAAGUGUUCUUGUUGAGAAGGAAAUGUUCUUGUUGAGAAGGAAAGUGUUCUUGUUGAGAAGGAAAGUGUACUUAUGUGGCAGCCAUGUUUUGGCGCCCGCACACAUGGAAGGACAAGUGUUUUUCUCAUGUCUAGCCUUUCUCUCAGGCUACUUUAAAGAUGCAAAGUCUGUUUAUUUAAAACAACGCCUUUAGCCUGUGUCAAAAAAAGUACAUAAGGCUACUUUUUAUUUGACAUCAUUUUAUGUGAUUUUUUUAUAAUUUUUUUUCAUAAUUUUUUUUCUUCCAGCAGAAUUAUGAAACAGGUACUCAUGUUUUAUUUCUGGGUUAUUAUUUAUUUUAAUCUUGAUGUUUUGUGCAAAAAUUCCUUUAUGAAAAAGUCUGAAUAUAUACAUGCACAAAUAUCCAGUUUAUUACACGUUUAUAAGUGUGUAUGUACAUGCAUAUUUGUGUGUAGGAAUAUGUGUAUAAAUUGAAGGAAAAUAUUGACCAAAGACCAAAGUAUUUACGAAAAACAAGGCAAGACAUGUCUGUUAUGUUCUCGCAAAAGUCUGCAAUGAUCACCAACUCAAUCUGUUGCACGACAGUACCCUCAGUCUUUUUAGUACAGUACUGGCAAAUGCUAUUAAUCAAUAUGGGCAAAAUGUGUAACAACUUUCAUUUUGUUUAUCAAUCAGCCAGCAAAUAGGUCCAGUACAGUUUAUCAUCGAUGACAUCUAUAUGAUUACUCUGCCUCCAUCUCUAAAAUGUGUUAUUUAAGAUUAAAUAGAGGCUUGGUAGCCUUUUUUAAGUCCAGGGGAGAGGGUUCAACCUGUUGGUUCAACAAAAUGAGAGGAAAUAGGAUGGUCCCCCCUCCUCCUCAACCCUUGUCAAAUUUGUUCCCCCCACCAUGACUCAGUCCAGCUAUAACAGUUCGGGCACCCAAGGCACUGUCGUAUACGGCAAAGGCAUACUGUCAACUGCUCCAUCCCUUUCAAAUGUGUCCCUUUCCAUUUGUUUUGCAAAUGGAAAUGAAAGGACUCAGAACUACAAAAGAUGUUCCAGAACCAGAGGGGAAAGCCUGGGCAUUAAAUACAGUGGUACCGGACAGCCUCCUAAGUUUGAAUCGCUAACGAGUAUUUUCUAAAGAAAGAUGGAUAUAUAUAUAUAUAUAUAUAUAUAUAUAUAUAUAUAUAUAUAUAUAUAUAUAUGGCUGAAUACUGUGCUUUGUAAUCUUGAAGGGGCAUAACUAUUUUCACUGUGAGGUUUUUAUGAUACAACAAACUGCUUUUUUGCCUAACUUAACUGCUUUAAAGCAUGUCUGAUUGUGGUAUCCUGUUUUCAAUUUUGUUUGUUUUAACGUUGGGUAUUUUUUAUCACCUCUGUAUUCAUAAUUUGUAUUAACCUUAUGGUUGUUGUUAUUAUUGAUGAAUUAUUACGCUUAUGAUGAUUCCAUUCCAACGAUAAGGAUCAAAGGGCAGAACGCUUUCUUGUAAAAUGCCAGACGUAAGCUCAAGCUCAAUGGUACCAACUGAUCAACUGCAGCCAACUACAGUAUUUCAAACACUGGCCCUAGAUUUGAUCACACAUACUCAUUAGAUGUCGCUUUUCCACAGAUAUACAGAUUGUACACUGUACCUUUUUAUUGAGCAAACACUACUGCAGGACUAAGCUCAGUCAGGUUAUGCACUGAUCCCAUCCCUAUCAGACUUCAGGGCCCUCCUCAGAGAGACAGGACACAAUCAGCAGUGUGAGCAGUAUUACAACUCUGCCUUACUUGAACAAGCCACUGGAGAAUACAGUGGGAAGAGGAACUGAGUUUCACAGAGGCAGAGAAAUCAAGGGAAGGAUGGAUAGCCUGUGAAAGCUAAUGGAAAUAAUUUACUGACCUUAGCAUUGACUCAACACUGACUUUAUUUUGACUUCCCCAUAACAUAUUCAAAACACACUUGACUAUGGACACUAAAAGUUGAUAAUGUUCGUACCAAAGCAAGCUAAUGCAGCCUCAUGUUAUUGGCCCCUUCCCGUGUAGUGAUGUUUGGCCUUGAGCGUGUGGGACCGCCAGGGAACAGUAAAGGUCUUGGGGUCAAUAAAUGACUGAGGUUGUGCCCAAUCGAGAGUGAUUAACAUAGAAAUAGAAUACAUAGAAUGGACGUGGUUAGUAAGAUGAUGCACGUUCUAUUCUAUUUCUAUGGGCUGUCUUGUCUUUGGGUUGGGUGGUUGUUAAUUGUUGACUCUUGGGAUGUUUUUAGGGCACAGAUGAGGGGAGGGUCGUCCCAGAACUACUGAAAGUGUGCUUUGCUCAAGCCUGAUGAAUCCGGCCCCCUUCUUUUUGUUUUCUACCCGUGUUGAAGGAGUUCAGAAGGCACCGUUUUUUCCUGAGGUGAGGACAAGCAGAGUUUAGGACUAUGACAGACAAAAUAACAUUUCUCCUUGAAUAACUUUUUUUUUUUAAACAAUGGCUGUUUUAUGUGGUGUCGAUUGCUGUUAAUGUGUGCGGCUUUCUUUACCCGUUGUAAAAACUAGGAUUACCAUUGGCUGAUUGUCAUUGAGCAGAUACUGACCAAUGAAAUUGUUAGAUGAGAGCAAGCAGUCCCAGAUACCCAAUACAUUUCAUACAUGAGAGGAUUCAUAUCUUUGUCCCUCCAUGCACUAUCAUGAAGGGGUUACAGUGCUCAGUGUACAGACGCCAGGUAGCUACAGCCAUAUCCUCUGAAUUGUUCAAGCCCGCCAUUGAGACUGACUCACUCAAUGACCCUGUAAUCAGAAACAGCAUUGUUUCUCAGGUAGAGUGCCUCUCUCACAGAUCAUUACAUUUACAUAGAAACUCCAGGAGUUUACACAAGCAUAUUGGAAAGGGACUAGCAAGUUAAAGCACACUGCAUACAGUACAAGAGCACAGGGAAGGAGCCUACAAGAUGAGGGAGGAGUUAGGGUAGGGAUGGGGUAAAUGUGAUGGAUGACUGGUUAUGCUGCCAAAAGUGUACUGACAGAAAGCAAGUGAUAUCUGGCAAAGAGAUCUGGAUAUUCCUUUGACCUCAUAUGUUAUUAAUGAUACUGUAAUGUUAGCUUAUUUAGAAAAACGUUAAAGAUAACAUGAGGAAAACAUUUACUUAUCAUUUUAUUGAUUUAGUUAAUGUACUGAAAGUAUGCAAAAUACAAGCUUUACUAAAUAUACAAACAUGCCGUAUCAAAUAUUUGGCUAGACACUUUUCAGUCAUAAUAUCGUAUCCGAUCCGAGAUAUUCAGUUACUAUCCCCAAGGUCCAAUGAAUGACCUGACUGAGUGACAAUAACUAAUUACUGAAACAAAAUACUCUUAUUUCCUUAUGGGCAUUACAAUUGUAUUCCUCUAGAGAGAGGUAACAGCUCAAUUUUACCAGUUGAAAGGCAGAGGUCAAUUGACAACCUGAUACAUUAGCUCACAGAAAUAAAUAACAUGCCAUGAUGAAAA